AUGCGCAGAGGCCCUGUUUCUCGGUGUUUCCGUGUUGUUUCGUGUGUCAGCAGAUUGAGGCGGAUCAUCGCGGUUGAAAAGAGCCAAAGAAGAAGACAAGAGAUGAAGAGCAAAAUCAGCACCGCUCAAGUGAAUGUGAAGAGGCGGUCCUGGUCCUGGCAGCAGUACCUAACUGAGCAGAAGGCUGAAGCUGCUCCGCUCACAGUCUUUACAGAGUCCCAGUCCUUUCCCAGUAGGAAAACUGGUUUUAAAGUUGGGAUGAAGUUGGAAGGCAUUGACCCAAUGCAUCCCUCCAUGUUUUGCGUGGUGACAGUUGCAGAGGUGAUUGGCUGUCGGCUGCGUCUUCAUAUUGAUGGGUAUUCAGAGUGCUAUGACUUCUGGGUAAAUGCAGAUUCACCAGACAUUAGACCGGCAGGCUGGUGUAAAGAGCACAACCACAAACUUCACCCACCUAAAGGUCACAGUGAGACAGAGUUUGACUGGCAGCAGUACCUUCAGUCCACAGACGCUCAGUCUGCGCCACCAGCCCUGUUCACCUGUCGUACUGGAGGCUGCGGGUUCACGGUGGGGAUGAAGUUGGAGGCGGUCGACAGGAAGAACCCUGGACUCGUCUGCGUUGCCUCUGUAGCUGAUGUCAUCGAUGAGCGCUUCCUUGUUCACUUUGACAACUGGGACGACACAUAUGAUUACUGGUGUGACAGCAGCAGUCCAUACAUCCAUCCGGUGGGCUGGUGUCAAGAACAGGGACGACCUCUGACUGCACCGCAGGGUCACCCCAACCCUGAGAACUUUGUGUGGGAGGAGUACCUUCAAGAGACUACUGCUACUGCUGCUCCUAUUUCAGCCUUCACUCUGAGAGCACCACACGGUUUCCAGAUGAACCACAAACUGGAGAUGGUUGACAGGAGGAACCCUAUGUUGAUACGGGUUGCCACAGUAACAGACACAGAAGACUACAGGGUGAAGAUUCAUUAUGAUGGCUGGUCGACACAAUUUGAUGUGUGGUGUGACAGUGACCUCUGUGACCUGCAUCCUGUUGGCUGGUGUCAGCGCACCGGACACCCACUGGAACCCCCCCCAGGUUUGUCCCACCUGCCCUCCCCCUCUCAGGGAGUGUGUCCUACUGCAGGCUGCAGAGGAGUCGGACACAUUAAAGGAGCCAAAUACACUGGACACCACAGUGCCUUCGGCUGUCCAUAUUCUGACAUUAACAUGCGUAAGGAGAUGGUGCUUCCUGAUAGGCUGGGAGGAGAACGAGUCAUCACCCUCAUACCUGUCACCAUGCGUCAGCAUGACAACCAGUCACACAGCACAAGCUUUCACAAGACAGAGCCCAGAGAUGAGGAGCUCCUGGUUCCUCUUGGCAAGAGAAGAAGACUGACAGACAGGCCCACACAAAUGCCCCAGCAAACCACAUUCCUUCAUGUGAAACAGGAAGAGGAGGAGCCUCACCUCACAGCCCUCAGCCCAGAAUCCAGUCUGCAGGCCGCCCUCCACCAGUCUGUCUUCCUCUCGGCCAUGUCAGCACAGCCCACCCGCGACCUGUCGUUAUGCUGGGAGCAACACCGCAAAUUGUUGCCAGGGGUUGCAGGAGUGCACGCUGAGACUGUCCAACACUGGAGCGUCCAGCAGGUGUCAGAUUUCAUAGAGUCUCUCCCCGGCUGUGAGGAACAAGCAAAACAGUUCAGAGACGAGCAAAUUGAUGGACGGGCCUUCCUGCUGCUCACCCAGCGGGACAUCAUCCGGAUCAUGUCAAUCAAACUAGGUCCCGCCCUCAAGAUCUACAACUCCAUCCUGAUGUUCAAACACGCUGAGGACAGGAGUCGGUCACAUGCUAAGGAUAAGAGCCAGUCACACGUUGAGCAUACCGAUACCUGACACUCGCAGCUUGUAACUGACUAAAUCCAAACCUGAUAGACCCCAUCACCAUGGUCUCUACCCCUUCCUCUCUGAUCUGGACGGGCCAUGUUUUCCAUUCUGUUGUCACUUGAGUUGACAUGAAUUUGCAUGAAGUUCUGAUGUUACAAUGACCUUUCUGCUGCAGGUCAUUGUCAGUCGUGUGCUGUCAUCAAAUUCAGUUGAUGUCGUCAUUUUGUCAGUUUACGUCAGAACAGCUGAGCUUCAUUUAUUCAACUGGAGGCAAAGCUUUAAGUGGGGCUUCGGUCUUAUAUGAUCAGUGCUUUUCCUCAGCAGUGGAAGUUUUGCCAGGAACUGAACUGAUCGAGAUAUUUGAAACAAUUCAGCUUCAAAACUUAUGGAAAACUUAUAUCCAACAUUUUAAGAUAAUUUCUUCAUUUUAUUUUAUCUGUAAAUCAGUGCUGGGAAGUAGAUUCUCAGAGUUUCUUCUUUUAUCAUAUUUACAUGUAAAUAUGAUGAUCAGGGAAAAAAACAAACAAAUCACAAAUGUCAAAUUCAAAAAAAGCUCUUCAGAAUAUUAAAAACGACUGCAAUGCUAAAAGUCAAGUGCUUUUAUUUGUCCUGUAACUAAAUUAAUCAGGGUUUGUUUUUUUACUGUAAGGAACUGGUUCUGUGAAAAAUUGUCUCAUAAUGACAAAAAAAUCAGACAUCAUCUUCUGCCUUAACAGGAAGAAAUGCUAAAAAAAUGGCAUAAAUAAUUUCUUAUAUGAAGAAACAUCUUAAACAUUAGAAGAAAAGUCUGACAUUUAUCUGAAAACAUUUUAAGGUGCAGUCGUCUCACCCUGACAUGUUCACUGAAAAUGUUUUCAUAAUUUAGAAAGUCUUACAACCAUGAAGACCAAUCUCCUGAUUAUAUGAACAUAUGUAAUCAAUCCAUAAUUGUAAUUUCUAGUCUCAGAAAAUUACAGUAUUAUGAGAAAAGUCUCGUGAUUACAGAAGAUUACAGAAUUAAAAUUUCAAGCAAGUCUAGACAUUAUAAACAAAUUGCAAAUGUUUGUAUAUUUGCAUCUGUCUCUAUUUACAGGAAAAUACACAAGCAAAAAACAGUAUUACACAAAAUUCAUAAUUACAAUUAAAUGUCCCAAAAUUAAACUGGCAACAUUAAGAGACAUUAUCUGUGGUGAUAUUGCCAUAUAUAGAUGUCCAAAACUGGGCAACUGUCAUCUCUGUGGCUGAAGAGCAUUACAGACCAAAGGAAAACGUGUACAUUGGAUUUUGGGGUGAAUUUGAUUCACAACCUGCUUGUGAUGUUUUUUGACUCCACAGUGUGUUAAUGAGAUGCAACACUAUGCUGGGAUGAACCAGACAUCAUCUUCUGCCAUGUCACUGUUUCAGUUUUUCAUUAAGGUCUCAUCACCAGGUUUCUAACCUCCUCCCGUGCCCUCUGCUCCCAAACACACCACUCUGUUCAUUUCAUUUCAUUUCGCAGACUUUUAGCAGUCCCGUUAUCCCGCCUCCUCUGCUGGGAUCUGUCAGGUUGUGGAAAUGUGUAAU